GGCUGAGCAGCUAUGAGGAGUGCGUCAGCAGUACAUUCACGUUCCCACUGAAGGACAAAGGGAGGGGGCAGAGCGAGCAUCUUAGCUGCCUGCAACACCGACACACAUCGAAGGGGGGGAAUAGAGAAAAAAGAGAGAUUGGAGAAUAAACAAGAAGAGGAGAUGUGGAUUAGAAUGCUGCUCCUGCUGUUUCUCUGACGGUGGGCUGCCUGUUAGAGCGCUCGCGUGCCUCUCCAUCUCUCUCUCACACACACACACUCUCCUUCGCACACUCUAUCUUUUUCUUGCUCUUGAUCUGUCAGUGGUUCUCUCAUUCAUUCUCUUUCGGUCUCUCUUUCCCCCCUCUUUCUCUCUCUCUCUCUUCUACUCUGGCUACUGCAGUAGUCCACCAGCCAGCCGCAAGUCUGACAGCCACACACAUGGCUAACUGCCACAACUUACUACCUCAGUCCUGGAGAAAAAACUAACAAAAAAGCAAGCAGAAGACCACUGCAGGACGCAGCCUGGGGGACAAAGAGCAAGCGGAGAGAAGGAUCCUCAACACCAUUCUCUGCUUAUGGAUACAGAUACGGAGCCCACUUCCACACACAUCCUUCAAGCGUAAUCCUCUCUGCAUUCUCUCAUUGCAGAAGAGGACAAGAGUGCUCUCUCUCUCUUCCGACAGCCUUUUGCGAAGCUCCAACAGUGCAGCGUAUCCUCUUCUACACCCCCCACACAGCGCCACCAUCUCUCCCACCACCCCCAGCCCCCUCCCCCCAGGAGGAAUAGACGGAUUACUGCUAGCUGUGCACACAGCAGCCUGCAGCUGCUCUGACCAGGGCCAGCCCAACAUUGGGAGGAAGCAAGAGGAACACAGAGGAGGAGAGGAGAGGAGAGGGGGAUGACUGUGCCGGGAGUUCUUUAGCCUUUUUCUGUCUCUCAGUCUCUGUCACAACAGGGCUAAUCAGCGACCGACAAGCCCUUGGCAAAGUCACAGUGAGGGAGGUCUCUCACCCAAACAGGCGACCAGCCGGACGAGCCAACACAUGUAUCAGGACCUGACAGAACUGGGGAUUUUUAUUCAUUUCACUUGGUCACUUCUUCUCUCCUCUUCUGUCGUGUUUAACUGCGUUAUGGAUCGUUGUGAUUUAUCUACAGUGCAGCUGCAUUUUGGAGUCUGCUGCCUGACAGGGGGACAGUUGGUGGGGGCAGAAGGAAUCUGGGCACCUGCUAAGCCUUCAUGGCCUUACUGCUGUCUGUGAGUGUUUUCCAUGCUGCUCUCAGUCUUUAAUAUCAGGAGCCAUUUUGUACCCUUGGCUAAUAGAGGGCCACACUACUUUCUUAAAAAAGGAAAAAGAAGAAACCAUCUAUCUCAUGCCAUUCUGUGGAAAGGAAUUACACAUGAAUGCUGUAUGUGACUGUUGUGCUUAACAUUUGGAAAGAGGCAAAAAGGAGGACUUUCAAACUAAUGAGCAUCUCCCUGCACUGUCGAUGGAACUUUGGAGCCUUGAGUUGCUCCAGCCAGGCUAGGGUGGUCUGUCGUUUGGUGUGUGCCAUAUCCCCCCACCAUGCAGAAUAAUGAGCCCUCCACACCAUGAGUCCUCUGGGCCAGGUUAGUGUGCAGCCUACCUGGAAUGCAGCCCUGCUCGCCGUGCUUUCCCUCAUGGUGCCUGCCUUCACUAUGUGCCAGUCCACAGGCCCUGAGUUCGGCUCAGCUAAGCCACAGAACUGUCCAGGUGUGUGCUCCUGCACUAACCAGCUCAGCAAGGUGGUGUGUACCCGCAGAGGGCUGAUUAGGGUUCCUCCUAACAUCCCAGCCAACACCAGGUACCUGAAUCUGAUGGAAAACAGCAUAGAAACCAUACAGGCAGAUACAUUUAGACACCUGCAUCACUUGGAGGUACUACAGUUGGGCAGGAAUGCUAUCAGGCAGAUUGAAGUGGGGGCCUUCAAUGGCCUGACCAGUCUCAACACCCUGGAGUUGUUCGACAACAGACUGACAGUCAUACCUAGUGGAGCUUUUGAAUAUCUGUCAAAGCUUAGAGAAUUGUGGCUUAGAAACAAUCCCAUUGAGAGCAUCCCCUCUUAUGCCUUUAAUCGUGUCCCCUCACUCAUGAGACUGGACCUGGGAGAGCUGAGGAAGUUGGAGUACAUCUCAGAUGGCGCUUUCGAGGGCCUUCACAACCUGAAGUACCUGAACCUGGGGAUGUGCAAUCUGAGGGAAUUUCCCAAUCUUUCACCACUGGUGGGAUUGGAGGAGUUGGAGAUAUCAGAGAAUGUUUUCCCUGAACUGAAGCCUGGAGCAUUCCGUGGCCUCAAGAAUUUACGUAAACUAUGGAUUAUGAACUCUGCCAUUACUAUGAUUGAAAGGAAUGCAUUUGAUGACAUCACAGCCUUGGUGGAGCUUAAUUUAGCCCACAAUAACCUGUCGUCUCUCCCCCAUAACCUCUUCACCCCCCUGCAGUAUCUGGUGGAGCUACAUCUUCAUCACAACCCAUGGCGAUGUGACUGUGAUGUAGUGUGGCUCUCUUGGUGGCUCAGAGAAUACAUUCCCACAAAUUCCACCUGCUGUGGACGCUGCCACACUCCAGUCCACAUGAGAGGACGCUACCUGGUGGAAGUUGAUCAAACAACCUUUCAGUGUUCAGCACCAUUCAUACUUGAUGCUCCAAGAGAUCUUAACAUUUCAGCAGCAAGGGUGGCAGAGCUUAAGUGUCGCACAGCUGCCAUGAGCUCAGUACGAUGGCUUCUCCCUAAUGGAACUGUAUUGACCCAUGGCUCAGCUCAUCCAAGAAUAUCUGUCCUUAAUGAUGGAACACUUAAUUUCUCCAAUGUUCUCCCAUCAGAUACAGGUGUUUACACUUGCAUGGUGAGCAACAUGGCAGGAAAUUCCAACGCCUCGGCCUACCUAAACGUCAGCAAUGCUGAACUCAAUACAUCUAAUCUGUCCUACUUUACCACUGUAACGGUGGAAGUUUUGGCGCCCACAGUGGAGGAGACCCCUAAACCCAAGCCCACUGUCCCUGCAUCACCCUCUGUAUUUCAACCUGUCUUUAUCUCCACACCUACUGUGCUAUUUCAAAACACUCAGACUCCAAGGCAGGUAUCAAUUCCCACUGCCAGAGUCCCUCGUGAGCCAGCUGCCAGCCUGGAUGAGGUGAUGAAAACCACCAAAAUCAUUAUUGGGUGUUUUGUUGCUGUUACCUUGCUGGCAGCUGCCAUGUUAAUAGCGUUCUAUAAGUUGCGCAAGAGGCAUCAACAGAGAAGCACCGUGGCAGCAGCCAGGACCAUAGAAAUCAUACAGAUGGAGGAAGAAGUUCCUCCUGUUCCACCGCCCACAUCUGGAUCUAGUGGCUCUGAUGACACAGGUUUAGUACUGCCUACACUGGUGGAACACAACAGCAACACCUUUAAGCCUGGGUAUGUGUCCUCCUCAUCCCGCCAGGGCGGUUACGGUGCCCAUUGGACUCAGAACAACUCUCUUCACCGCUCUGUUAGACAGCAUCACAGCCACAUCAGCACCAUUGCUGAUCCCUACGUCAUUAAGACUACUCAUGGCAAGGACAAGGUUCAAGAGACCCAAAUCUGAGUAACGCUCCCUAUGGAUUUAUGUCUGACUCUGCCCGAACCUCUCCCCUCAUCUCUGCUCACCAGUCCAUGCAAUAGAAUGCACAAAGAACAGAACGGUAACUUUCUUUUGUACAGAAGUGCAAAACAGAGACAUUUUUUGUUUCUUGUACAUGCCUAUACAUAAGUAUAUAAAUAUGAAAAAAUAAAUAAAUAAAUAUAUAUAAAUAAAACUACCGUCAGGCAGUGGUGAGACAUGCAAAUUAUAUUAGAAAAGAAAGUAAUUUGAAACUAUUUUCUAAUAACUGGUGACUUCUAUUUAAAAAAUGGAUAAUUAAUUGCUUUUUUUUUGACUGAAAAAGGAAAGUUGUGAUGUCUAGCAUAGGAAAAGAGGCAUUUAGUUUGUUUUCGACCAUAUUUAGGAGGCAGUAAGAAGCUCUUUGCAAAGGCACCAGUUUCUAAAUCCAGCCCCAAAUGGAAGCUCCAGUUUUAACUGUGCCAAAUAUUAUAUGCAAUAAAAUGGUAUUUCCAAACUAAGGAGUUUAAAAACACACAAAGCAAAUUCUAGAUAGAUACAAACAUUUGUCCAAUAGCAGCAUAAUGGCACAGAUAGAUUGUGCUGUUCAGUAGCUAUCAGCCAAAUGCUUUUGGACUGCAGUGAAUUUCUGCAGCUAAGGUUUAACCCUCUGUUCGCUGGAGUUCAGCUGCGUUUAUUUGACAGUGCCAGUGCUUCUUAGUUGUAGCGUAUCUAAACAUGUUUAUUUAGUGUGCACAUGAUUCCCCACUGGUUUAACUGGCAAACGUGGAAUGCAGGCUAAUAACAGUUGUUGCAAAUAUGUUGAUCUGUUAUUGUUUGCAUUUUGUAUUAUUUUUUCCCUUAGGUUUUGACAUGCUUCUUAUUGGCUUGUGUAGUGUUUAGGGCUAAUUUAGUAAUGCAUUACAGCAGUUGCCUGACUUGUCUCCGCAAGGGCUCAUUCCGAUGCUAAUUUUUCAAAGGAACAGACAUGUGGUGCAGUGAUACAGGGCUUUGCUGACCAUUCUGCUUUUGGAGAAAAACAAAGAGGGUUGAGGUAAAACAAAAUGAAUGUCUGAUGAUACCGGGACUUUUCCAUGGACUACAUCGAAACAUUACUUUGUGUUUCUUUUUCUUUUAAUGUUUAAUUUUUAGCAACACUAUUUUUAUGGAGAGGCAAAGGAGGCUAUGAAAAAUAAAAUCUUUGGUUUGUAUUUCUCUAAUCAGAAACACUUUCAUCUAAUGUUUUUCUUUUCUUCUCUCUGAAAAUAUUUCCAUUUGUGUGUAAGUUGUUUAAUCGUAAAGGCUGGAGGUAGUAUUGUAAAUCGUAUCUUAGCCAACACCCCCAUCUUACGGUCCUAUGCAUUUACUUAGUGUCUGCAUGAAUGGGUCUUUAAGUAACUGGUGUACAAUGCUGCAUUAUACCCCACAGUGGGGCUCUAUGCAGGUCAGAUAGGCUGUUGGUCUUUGAUGCCUCAGCUUAGUUCUUAACAUUGAUUUCUCAGUGACUGUGAAGGGGAAAAAUACAUGUAUCCCACAGUU